AUGUAUCAUCCAUCAAAUCAAUCCUCCAUUGUACUAUCGCCAAUUAUGAAUAAACGUGUGUUUGAUAGCGGCGAACAUCAAGAGAAUAGCAACAUUGCAUUAGAAACAAGUCAGCUUAUGAUCCGAUCUCCACCUCAUCAUGUCAAUGCCGCUUCUCACCAUCUUCACCACCAUGGCCAUCUUCCUCCUCCUCCUGCUGCUACUGCUGCUUCUCAUCAUCAUCUUCACCACUCUAAUAAAAGACCCAGAUAUGAGCCUAGCUGGACAUUAGACAACCUCUGCACACAUCCUUGUAGUCCACUCGCUGCAAUCGACCUAGAGUCAAUUUUUAAUAUGUCUACAUUUCAUCUCUUAUCACAGGACAAGAGGGAUGAAUUAUGCUCCAUGCUACCACAAUCUGACCAAAAUGCCUUAUUAAACCACUCAAAUACCUAUGAAAACUAUCAGCAACCUUAUCAACACCACCAUCAACAUCACCCGCCCCCUUCUUUCAAUAACGAAAACUAUAACCCUUCCUCUAAUCUUCAUAAUAAUACGUCUGAUUUCUUUUCGAAAACUGAAAAUCCCAUCUUUUGGAACUCGUUGACAGAAUGGCAAACCAUGCUUGGUCAUGGUGAUUUUGUGAAUUCUGAAUCGCCAUUGCAGCUAUCUCCUUCUCCUCCAACUACAACAAAUAAUAGCAGUAGUAACAAAUCGACUACAUCCUAUGGAUCAAAAUCACACAAAUCAUUCAGGGCCACAUGUAAAAAAGAUAGAUUCAAGGACGAAGCAUUUGAGUCGUAUUGGGGCGAGCUGAUUGAUAAGGAUAGGGCGCAUAAUGUUGCAGGAGACUCUAAAAGUAUCACGUUGAAAGACAUGUGCCGCAAAGGCUUGAUUCGUGAACAGGAUGUGAUUGUGUAUAAACGCAAUUUCAGUGCAUGUAAAGUAGUUGUGUCAAAAUCAAUGACGGUUAUUAAAGCAUGUGGGCUUUCUGGUAUCUCCAUCAAGCUGGAUAAAGAGAUUUUUGAAGAUUUUGAGACUCCCACUGCUCUGGAAACAAAAAUCUUGGACCAUCAUGGCAAGGUGACAAAGGACAAGCGCCCGAAUGGAAAUGCGUUCAAGAGUAUCCGCUUAAUUCGUGCCGGUAAAGAUAUGGGAAGAUUGUUUGAUAUCAGAAAGGAUGGAUUUGGUGAUCAGUCUGGCUGUUAG